AAAGUAUCACCAAAAUGGCGGACGUCGAUGAUCAGCAAGAAAAUGGAGAUCUAGAUCUUUGGUCAUCGAUUUUGCGUGAUGUUCAAAGCUCGGCGAGUCGAAAGCUUCGAGCACACAAGUCCAUCUUGCUGUUAGGGAACGAUGAGUCAGGAAAGUCAACACUUAUUUCAAAAAUAAGAGGAAAAGAGGACGAAAUAAGCCGAGGACAUGGCUUGGAGUACACGUAUCUUGAUGUACAUGACGAAGAGUUAGACGAUUAUACGAGGCUAAAUGUGUGGAUUCUGGAUGGAGAUCCUCGGAAUAAAACGCUACUUAAGUAUGCACUGACUCCAAAAAAUGUCAACGAUACUCUUGUAGCUCUGGUUGUAGAUUGUUCGAAACCUUGGUCAAUAAUGGACUCUUUACACUCUUGGACUGAGAUUUUAAGAGAACACAUACAUUCUUUGAAGCUUACUCCAAAGCAGCUCAAUGAAAUGGAGGAAAGAAUUGUACAGCAGUUUCAAGAGUAUGUUGACCCAGAAGAAGUAACAGAAGAGAACAAGAGAAGAUCAGGAACAGGAAUAAAAGAUGAAGAAAAAGUACUUCUACCAUUAGAAGAGAAUGUCUUAGUGGAUAAUUUAGGGCUUCCAAUGGUUGUGGUUCUAACAAAGACAGACAGCAUGUCCAUGCUUGAAAAAGAGAAUGACUACAGAGAAGAACAUUUUGAUUUUAUACAACAGCAUAUCAGAAGAUACUGUUUGAAAUAUGGUGCAGCUUUGUUUUACACUUCAGUUAAAGAAGAAAAAAAUUGCAAUUUAUUCUGGAAAUAUAUACAGCAUCGGAUAUAUGGGCUGCCGUUCAACAGCUCUGCUUUAGUUGUGGAUAAAGAUUCAAUAUUCAUUCCAUCAGGAUGGGAUAGUAUGAAGAAAAUCAGUAUUAUUAAUGAACACUUGAAAGUAAUACAACCAGACGACGGUUUUGAUGACCACAUUGUCAAACCCAUACAGAGGAAGCCUUUGCAAGAAAAAGAGAUUGCAGCAGAGGAGGAACAAGCAUUCCUAGCUAAGCAACAGCAACUGCUUCAAAAGAAUCCACCUUCAGUAUCUAGCAUUGGAAGACAACAACCUGACAUCACCAAGCCGAGAUCCCCAGGAUCACCAAGCACAAGAAUGUCAGAUAGACGGCAGUCAGGUGGUGUCAGUACCCCAGCUGCUGGGAGAGCCAAGGUGGAUAAUAUCAAGGUUCCAGCAGGAGCAGGAGCUGCCACAAGUGAAGGUGUCCUCGCCAACUUCUUUAACAGUUUACUAAAUAAGAAGACAGCAGCUGCAGCAGGUACUCCCCAGGGGAGAGGGGUACCUUCCGUGCGUAGUGACGCAGCCGCUGAACUCGAUCGAAUGACUCGAAGUAAAAAAGUAGUAGGCCAACCAGGUAGGAACGAGGAAAACUCAUCAGACGCUUGAUAAAUAUCGUUAGUCUUAAUUAUUUACAGCAAAGCAUCAGAGAACCAUGAUCGCGGUUCUAAAGAACCUACGAGUAAUGCGUGACUACAUUGACGAGGAUUGCGUGACUAUUGUGUCACGCCAUUAAGUCCGUUGAGUAGGUAUUGUAUUUUGUAUAAAGUAGGUUAAUAAAUUUAUUUCAAAGUAAGAACAGGACCAAAAAACAAAAGAAAAGUAGAUAAAGAGUGGUCAGUAGUAUGGCUAAGAAAGAUAGAGAGAAUGAACGCAUGAAUACAAGGGAUAUAUUCGCUCCUCCUGGCAAUGAAGGAGAAGAAAAUGUGCUCGAUCUUUGACCUAAGGAAAUGCGAACAAAAAUAUUUUAGCACGUGAUUAGGUUAUGUGCAAAGUGAAGGCGCUGAUUCGGUGUCUGAAUAAAGGGUCAUGCAAACAUUGAGCUGCAUGUGAGAGCCACAAGACUUGUGCGACAAGCGUCAGCCAAUCCGCAUCAAGGGAACAAAGAUUGGGCUUGCGUGAUUUAUCUGGAUCGUACGCAGUUCGGAGAUACCUCUGAAAGAACUGUAGUCGACAGAUAUAGAGACCAUUUAAAACACGAUCAUUCAAUCUCGUGCCUUUUUCGAAAUCAUCUGCUUCAAGUGAGAUUUCAACCUUACCUUGAACCUGAGAAGAUUAUUUACAUCCUCUUUCCUUUUUCCGCCCCAGUAUACCAUUAGCUUUAGCCUCUGCUUAGCGUAAAAUUCGCAUGUCCCUUUUCUGAAUCUUUUCCCCUUAAACCCUGGCUUUAGUAGGCGCCAUGUUUGAUAACCCUGUUUUGUUAUGUUGGUCGUCAUUGUGGUCUUUACUUGUCUCAUUUUAUUGAAAGUGAUUUCAUACCCUGCGUAGUUCAAGCCUCUUUGCUUCUACUGUGUUUUGUGAACGAUAUGAUGCUACCUCAUUGUCCUCUCAUCUUGAAGUCGACGGCUUCCAAAUGACCUUCUAUUCGACACAUUUAAAAGAAUAAAUAAAGUCUGAGACCUUGACUUAACAAAACGCCUGUUAUUAAAGUUGAGCCCACAGUUUUGAAGUUAUACAAUCGAGGCUAAUAAUAGUGAAAAAUAGCCAGACCGCCGACAACCGUAAAAUCUGCCUGUUAUUAAGUUGAGCCUACAGUCCAAAAUGAUUUUGGUUUUGAAGUCAUACAUAUGAGGCUUGACGGUCAAUACGAUGCAAAUAUGUCUUUAACCGCUGACAACCUGGUCAAGUAUUACAAUUGAGCCCACAGUAAAAAUAUUUUGGUUUGAAGUCAUACAUGUGAGGCUUGAAGGUCAGUACAAUGCAAACAUGUCUUUAACCGCUCACAACCUGGUCAGGUAUUACAAUUGAGCCCACAGUAAAAAUGUUUUGGUUUUGAAGUCGUACAUGCGAAGCUUGAGUGUCAGUACGAUGCAAAAAUGACCAUAUCGCCGACAACCUGGUCAGGUAUUAGCCCAACAGUAAAAAUGCAUUACUUUUGGAGCCAUACAUUUGAGGUUUAAGGGUCAUUAAGAUACAAAAGUGACCAAACAGCUGAUGAGCUCAAUGUUCGCAAGUGGUAUUCGUCUAAUAGGCUUCCUGCUUGGRAUUCUGGGUAAAUGUAAUAUUAUGGACACAAGAUUGAACGAAGGCAAAGUUUUAAAAAACCGUGAUAGACGAAACCCGUUGAUCUGAUCGCGGCUUUUACAUUUUGAAGCUAGAAAAUGCUCUGUGAAUGAAUUCUGUAAAUAGAUAUAGGUUAGAUGCAGGCAUGAACCAGGUUGAAAUCCUCGAUAGUUUUGUUCUUAUUGUAUUGUCAUUGUUAUCGUGAAUCUUAACUAUUUGUAGUUGUUAUCGGGUUAAGUGAUUAAUUUAUAUGAAACUUGCUAAAGAUUGUUAUAAGAGGGAAUGUGUUGUAAGAACUAAGAAAGAGGGCGAGGCUAGAUUGUUUGGAAUACAGUUUGGUGCCUGUAUUAAGUGGACACACCCGGUACCUUGCCUGGUAUCCGUUGAAUAGGGGCUUUGCACCAUCACGUGAUGGCAGCCAUGACAGGAGGCAGGAACAAUUGAAUGUGGUGUAAUCUAAUUUACAUGAGAAAGAAUUUAGUUUCCGAGUGGGGAAAUAAGACUAUUGUUAUGACUCCUGUUAUGGCUGCCAUCACGUGAUGGUGCAAAGCCUCUUAAAAUAAAUAUGGGGGGGGAAAAUCAGGACCGUCAAUUAGCUGUCCGUUUAAUGAAGGAUGUCUGCUUCAUACAGGUAUCACUGAAUAAUAUCUUAACCAUUAUAAACAAGGUAUUUAAAUUACUUUACCAUCCCUUUAUUAGCUGGAUUUAAGAAAAAUUUAAUUAUUUAUAUGGUUUGUCAUUUGAAUAAUGUACUCGUACUGUAACGCAAGCUUCCUUUUCUCAUGUUAAAGAACCUUGAAGAUUUUCCAGUAAAUUGUACCAAACCUUAAACAUUAAAAAACCGUCAUCAACUUGACAGGGCGGUGUUGAUAUAUGUUCAAAAGUUUUAUGAUAACCCUAUUGAAUUAGAGUUUUAGACGGUACGAUUUUCGCCUACAACUAUCGUAUACAACACGCUCGCGUCUGUCGUAGGCGAGUUGUAGGCUUGAUUUACACGAUACGAUUCGAGUUGUAGGAUGGUGCGAGCGUGUUGUAUACGAUAGUUGUAGGCGAAAAUCGUACCGUCUAAACCGGUCUUAAGUUGAGUCCUAAAUUUUUCCUUUUGAAAUUCAAGAGUGGAAAUCACCUUAUUCCUUGUUGGGAAACAGGUGUUAUUUUUGCUGCACGUUUUCGUAAACAGUCCUGAGAAAAGAUGUACUGUAUUCUCCGUUAUAAACUUGCGGAGCAAUCUAGCAUAAAUUAUGAGGUUAAAAAACUAAAACAGGCUGGAAGUCGUCCACAAAUUAAGUAUCAGAUUAAAAUGUCGUGUAGCUCGAAGAAUGGGAAAUUAAGAAAGGAAUAUAAGGGAUCAAAAAUKUUAUUUUAUUUUAUUGUCUUUAACUAAAAAAGGAAGCUAAUUGUGAAACGUAAAUCUCCCCCCCUUCCCAUUUUUAUUCUCUUUCUCUCAUUCAAACUUGUCGUGUUUUCUCAUUCUUUCUCUCCUUUUCACUCUCUCCUUUAAGAUUCUUCCUUUUUCAUUCAUUCCUUGAUCUCUCAUUCUCUGUCCCUUUCACCUUAUUCUCUCCCUUUUCUUCCUUUCUUUCCUGUCCUCUUUCUCCGAGCUGCGCCCAAUGAAUUAAAAAUUAAACUCUAAAAAUGUUUAGUACAGAGAAUGUGCAAGAGUGAUUUUAUUUGGCCCUUGAAACAAAGUUGUAUUAUUUAGUGACUAACAGUCAAAACGAAAGAAAACAAUGAAGUUAGUGUCUACCACUAUUUAUGACGGUGACUUUUCUUUCACGGGCCAAGUACAAUUACUCUAAUCUACUACAGUAACUGUAUCUCCAAUUACAUUAGAACCUCCAUUAAGCGGCCAACCUGUAUUCAGCGGUCAGUGGUCAAAGUCCUAACGAGGGUUUUGCAGUAAUUUAUAUCUCUAUAAAGCGUUUUCACGUGACGUCACAGCGGCCAUUAUGGGGUACCAAAACAAUACAUUAUCUAUCCUUCGGGAAUUGAACUCUAUUUUUAUGCAAAUACUGUGCAGAAAGUUUCUAUUGUUUAUGGCUGCCUUCUCACGUGAGUGAAAACGCUGUAUUAAGAGGCCAACCUCUGUUAAUCGACCACUUGAAAAUUCCUGAAGAGUAGCCGCUUAUUAGAGGUUCUGUAUAACACUAGGGUAUUCCAGAGCAACAGAAUCAAUGGAAUUAUAUAUAUAUAUAUUAGAUAACUAAGAGCAUAACUUAUGAAGAAAAAUACAAUCAGGACUACUAUUAAAUGGGAAUAAACUAAAAUGUGUUCUUAA